UAUUUCGUAAACGUAGCGAAGGCCGCCUGCUGUCCGAACUGGACCGGUUCUGCAGGCAAACUAAAGAGGUCCAUUCGCUUUCCUAGUUAACUGCGCACAACAACAAUUUAUCACAACGUCCACCUAGAUUGCCUGUUGAGAUGACGUUCCGCGUAGCUCUGCAGUCACCGAGCACUCCGUCCGCUGCGGCUCAUCGUGAGCUCUCUCCUCUCUCGCCGAGGACGCCUUGUAAAGCGCCUCGGGAUGCCGAAACGCUCUUGCAGGCGCUCUAUAAGUGAAACACGAAACACGUCGAUGUCGUUGCGUUUUUAGUUCUAUCCAAAACUAGCUUUAGAGAUCCCGGACUAAGACCCAGUUUACGUGUCGGUUUCCAGUCCAGGCGGAACAGGCCGGAGACGCCUCGUUAAAACGGUUUGUUGCUCGCGCCCGAGAUGCCAUCCCUUCGCUCUUUCACUGGCGAGACACGUCCGUGUCGAUUAAAGAUCACUGCGGCGCUGCCGGAGGCGGACCGGCUCGAGGAGAGCGGUUUGAAAAGCGCCCCUCCUCCCUCUGAGUUCCCUUUCCACGACCCCCCGAGACAGGUGAGCUGCUGAGCUCGAGUCUGGCGAGAGCGGGGAACCGGCUGCAACGGCGCCGUUAUCAUCACCGUUCCAAAACAAAGAGUGAAAAAGUGAAAUCUUUUUGCGCGACAAGAAGACCUUGUUCUUUCUGUCAAAUACGCCUCGCAGCGCCCUUGUGCUCCGGCAAUAGCGGAGCGCUCUCUGGGUGGGCGCCUUCUGGAGGGGGGGGUCGAGGAGGAUGACGUCACUGACAACGCGCUAAAGGCGAGGAGGGAGGCAGCGGGUUAGUCAGUCGGGCAGCGCAGGUCUUCGGGACAGGUCCAAGGGUUCGCGCGUUCCUGAGGUAAAACUCGGAGCAGAUCGGAGUGCUGUGGAAGGGGAGCGCGGCGUGUAGCUCCUGGCGUCGGCUGGGUUUCUCUUCUGCUGUCCCGUGUGGGGGAAUCUGUAAGCGGCUGUUUGUUUUGACAGGUGGGCUGGCUGACUGACUGACGCCGGAAAUGAAAGACAGAGCCCUGUGGCUGCUCCUCGCUCUCCUGCCCGUGUGCCUGUGUGCAUCUGAGGAUUAUGGGAAAGUAGACUGCGGGCACUGCUAUAAAAUUGAGCCAGGCACCAUGGUGGGCAUCAUAGCAGGCGACGUGGUGCUGACCGUCCUCAUCGUCAUCUCCGUCUAUUACUGCGCCAGUCGGAAGAGACACAAGCGUGAGCAAGCGGACAAGGUCUACAUGAAUGUCAGGGCGAAUGUCAAGGCCUGACAGCCUGUGACGCCAGCUGGUCAUCGCAACCUCUGUCCAGCCCUCCACACUGACACUGACUUGGCGUCCAGCUCCCAGCACCAGACUCCCAUUCAGCUACAUUGGAGUGACCCUGCAGUGGCACAAGGGUCAGGUUUUCCAACCUGAAGAUUCUGUUCAAAAUCAGUUCAUCAGUAAAUACAGCCAAUUCGGUUCUAAUCGGUUCUCAAGCAGAAGCCUGCUUGAUUUUGGACCACCUUGGAUUUUGUUUACUAAAUAAAAAUGACGGAAGAAACAGGACAGACAUAUUGAAAAAUCCACGUUUGUGUAUUAUCUACUUUCACAAGUACUUUCACGAACAAACACAGCUAGCUGCAACUACAGGCAUUCUGUAUGGUUUCACUUUAUAAGAGGCGUGACCCGGCUCUUUCUCUCCUCUGCACCGCACAGUGUCCAUACAGUAGGUACACAGAGCUCCUCAUUCCCACGCUUUAAGAUGUCCAGGAUCUCCCAAAAAUCAGGUUCUGUGAAUUUAGUUCCCCAGCUGCCUCAUAUAAACCUCCUGACCUCA